CUCUCCCCGCUCUUCUUCCACCUCCUCCAGCUCCUCGUCUCCUCUGUCCUCAGCCAUGGCUCCGACCCUGGCCUCAGCCUUCGCCAGGCGCUGGUGGAUGGCAGUGACUGCGAUUAUCGAGAAUCUGCUGUUCUCUGCGGUGCUGCUGGGAUGGGGCUCGCUCCUCAUCAUGCUCAAGUCAGAGGGCUUCUACUCUUACAUGUGCAACGAGGAAGGCAACAGCUCGAGCUAUAAUCUGACGCUGCCCGAGCCGACGCCGACCCCCGAUGAGUACGCUGACUAUUACGAGGACGAGGCUGCCGCGGCCGGUCUGGGGGACGGUGUGGAGAUGAGGCCCCUUGUCCCCGCGGACGGACCCCUGCGGAUGAACGGCUGGCUCAUCUGUAAGGAACAAGACGAGAUGCUGAACCUGGCGUUCACAGUGGGCUCCUUCCUGCUGUCGGCCAUCACGCUGCCCCUGGGGAUCGUCAUGGAUAAAUAUGGGCCUCGCAAGCUACGACUGCUGGGCAGCACGUGCUUCGGAUUGUCCUGCCUGCUCAUCGCGUACGGAGCUUACAAACCCAACGAACUCUCUGUCCUCAUCUUCCUCGCCCUGACUUUCAAUGGCUUCGGGGGCAUGUGCAUGACCUUCACCUCCCUCACACUGCCCAGUAUGUUUGGGGACCUGCGCUCCACCUUCAUCGCUCUGAUGAUUGGCUCUUACGCCUCCUCUGCCGUCACCUUCCCUGGUGUCAAGGUGAUCUAUGAUCUUGGAAUCCCUUUCAUCACUAUCCUGGUGGUGUGGGCCGCCUGCGCAGGACUCGUCUUCCUCAACUGCUUCUUCAACUGGCCGCUGGAGCCGUUCCCUGGACCAGAGGACAUGGACUACACUGUGAAGAUCAAGUUCAGCUGGCUGGGCUUUGACCACAAAAUCACAGGGAAGCAGUUCUACCGCCAGGUGACCACUGUGGGGCGUCGCCUCAGCGUGGGCAGCAGCCUCACGCAGAAGGAGCUCGCCGUUAAAGAUGGAAACAAGAUCUGCCUCUCCACCAUGGACCUCGAGAUGGACUGUAAACCAAAAGUGGAGUCCCAGACGUUCCUGCAGAGCAUCAUCAGCCCCAUCUUCCUGCUCAGCCUGGUGACCAUGUCUGUCACUCAGCUCCGCCUCCUGUUCUACAUGGGAGCCUUGAAUAGUGUCCUGGAGUCGCUCAGUGAUGGAGACCUGAACACAGUCAGUCUGUACUCCUCCAUCUUUGGCGUGCUGCAGCUGCUCUGCCUGAUGACCACUCCUGUCAUCGGUCAGAUCAUGGACUGGAAGCUGAAGGACUGUGAUGAUGGAACAGAGGAAAAGGAACCGUUCAGCAAGGUCGAGGGAACGCCAAAGCGCCGUGACAAGAAAACCCAGAAGGUGACCAAUGCCCUGCGAGCCUUUGUCCUCACAAACCUCCUCCUCGUAGGAUUUGGUAUCACGUCCCUCGUCCCCAACCUCCCCCUGCAGAUCGUCUCGUUUGUCUUACACACUGUGGUCAGAGGAUUCAUUCACUCUGCUGUCGGUGGUCUUUAUGCCGCUGUGUAUCCUUCCUCUCAGUUUGGCAGUCUCACAGGAAUGCAGUCUUUGGUGAGCGCCGUGUUCGCUCUGCUGCAGCAGCCUCUGUUCUUGGCUAUGAUGGGACCUCUGGAGGGCGACCCGCUCUGGGUGAACAUUGGACUCCUUGUCCUCAGCAUGAUGGGCUUCCUGCUGCCCGUCUACCUGCUCUACUACAGACACACGCUCAACAGGCAGAAACAGCAGAAGGAAGAUAAAGUCAAGAUCUACAUCAAGAUCAACGACUCGGACCACGCCGAGGCCUUCGUCUAAACGAACGUGAAACGAAGAAUGAACUGAAUUUAUUUUGACCUGAGAAAACAUCGACAAUGCAACGAUACAUUUACACUCACAUACAAAAGGACAAGUGGUGUUUAAAGUGUCACAUUUAUCCAUCGACUGCACACUCACUCACUCACAGACACACUCUGCCACGUCCAUCUCCCCUCUAAGAUAAGCUUGUGUCAUGGUUGUCACGGAAACCGGUCCAUUGGACGCUGUUGCCCAGGAGAAAAGUAGAAGACGAGAGAGGAAAAGACUGUGAAAGGAAGGAGACGUCAGCUCUCUGCAUCCCCCCAAAUCCUCUGAGUCGUCUCUCUGCUUCCUCCUCUCUGAGCGAACACGCGUCAGUGCAGCUUCACCUCACUGAGUGCUGCACUGGCAGAGAAGGAGAAGAAGAAAGCGUGUGUAGCCCACAAAGGUCCACACCAGGACCAGGUUUUGUUGUUUCAUGAUGUUGAUCUUCUCUGAUUACACAUGUCAUGGUGCUCUUUAUAUUGAGACUUCUCCUUUGACAGGUGAGGAUCAGGUGAAUGUGGAUGUACAGGCAUUGAUGAGGAGCAGAGGAGAGAAGAUGAGUUGAUUGUUAUUACUGAGAAGAAAAGAUAAUUGUGAUUAUGAUGAUUCAUUCUCGUUACAGUGAUAAAACGAGUGUUUGUCAGUGUUUGAUGUGACUGGAGGCUGGAAAUUGUUUUACUCAAAUCAAAAUGCUUAGAUUAUUUAUUUCACCUUAUUUUUGUGCGUUUGUUUUGCACCUUUUUAAAUGAACCAGAGUUUCCUUUUGAAUUUAGCUUCAUUUAAAGGAGCAGGAGAUUUUAUUCAUACCAUUCACAGUACAUGGAAACAUUGUAGACAUCAGUCAUGAAGUAACUCCAACAAUAGUCAGAAGUGAGUAUUUUAUAUUCAUGAUGCACUUGAAUCCCUGUAAAUCAGCUCAGUUCAGCACUUCUCUCCUGAUGCCUCUGUUGAGGAAUAGUCUUACUUUAAUACGGAGCUCCUCCUUCCCUCACACCUCUAUUUAUUUUCUAUUUUUACACUCAUUUCUUUCCCUCAUAAUUUCCAUGACAUGCUGUAUUUUAAUUGUAAUACACCACGUAUGUCAUGUUUGCAUUGAGCUCUUUCUUCUUUUUCGUUCCCCUCCUUGUGAAGAGAUAUUUGUUUGACAGGAGGUUAAUAAAGACGUGUUGGUUUCUUCAAA